UUGACCAAAAUUUUGACCUUUUAAUCCGUCGCUCGGAUGACCGAUCGGAGACCGUGGUUGCGUUCAUCUCGUCGAGACGAACCCAUUUUGCUAUUCAUAUGUCCGUUCCGGGCACUCAGGGACCCGUAGCGAGCCCAAUAAAUCUAGACCGUUCGUUGUUUUGGAAAAAAAAAAAAAAAAAAAGAGGAUAAGUGCUGGAUGGAUCGGUCCUCAACCCGAUCCAUCCAGACACUUCGAGCCGUGCGUCUCUCUGCUCUCUCUCUCUCGAACUCUCUCUCUCUCUCGCGCGCCGGUCGCCGCCGAGCCCAGCUGCCGGCCGACCCGCCGCUCCCUGCUGUCGCAGCCCGUCGCCGGCCACCGUGCGCCAGCUCCUGUUGCCGCGCCGGCCGCCUGCUUCGGCGCCGCCGCAGCCCUCCGCCGCAGCUCGCCGUCCGUCGUGCGCCCGCCGCCGCCGGCCGACGCUGCUGCCGCCGGCCACCACCGGCCCCGCCGCCGGCUGCCUCCCCCUCUCUCUCUCUGUUCUGCCGGGCGGCCAGAGCCCAGCCGGCCGAAGCGGCCAGCGCCAGGCAGAGGAAGAAGCCAGGAAGAAGGAAGAAAAAGAAAAGGAAAGAAAAGAGAAGAAAAGAAAAGGAAGAAAAAAAAAAGAAAAGAGGAAAAAGGGGGAAAAAGUUAGAAAUUUUCGGAAUUUCGUCGGAUUUGUCGUCAAACUUUCGAAGGCGAAUUUUUCGGUGGUACCUCUUCUGGGCGGCCGUGAUUUGCUUUGGAUUCGUCGCUUUUGGUAAAAGGUAUGUUUAGUUGCUGACGUGCUUGUCGGGGAUGGUUUUUGGUAGUUGCACGCACGCCCUCAUCACAAAGCCGAUAGUCUCCCGGUGUUUGAGUUGAGCUUUGUUGAUGAGUUGCCGUUUGUUUUGGUAUAUGUUGUGGUGAGACGCUGGUAGCGUCGUGAAUGUGAUAUAUAAAUGUUGGUUAUAUCUGUUUUGACUGCCUGAGCUUUGUUUCUUAUGGUCAGUUAUACCGCUCUAUAGAGGAAAUGCUGCCAAAAUUUCCUAUUUUCAAAUAAUUAGGCUCAGUUGGAAGUAGGGUGUUACAGCUUGGUAUCAGAGCCUAGGCUUUAGAUCCUAGGUAAUGGAAUGACGAACC